UACUCGAAUGUUAAAUCGUUAUUACUUACAAUCUAUCGCAUUACUUGUAGAUCAAGCAACCAAUUAGGACUAGAAGCAGCAGUGGAAGAGACAGCCAAACUAUUAAACAAAUCCGUAAAACCGGUCAUUGUAGCCGGUUGCAAAUUACGUGUCGCAAAGGCGCAAAAAGCUUUUAUGGAAUUCGCAAACGCUUCCGGAUAUCCAAUAGCGAUAAUGCCAUCAGCCAAAGGACUUGUACCGGAGCACCACCCGAAUUUUAUCGGGACGUAUUGGGGUGCGGUUAGCACCAGCUUUGUUGGGGAGAUAGUGGAAUCAGCCGAUGCGUAUAUCUUUGUCGGACCCAUCUUUAAUGAUUAUAGCUCGGUUGGAUACUCGUUGUUGAUCAAGAAAGAAAAACUGAUCACGGUGCAGCCUAAUCGUGUCACAAUCGGUCAUGGUCCUUCUUUGGGUUGGGUUUUUAUGGCGGAUUUCUUGAGUGCAUUGGCUAAAAAGCUUAAGAAAAACAGCACAGCGUUGGAAAAUUAUAAUAGGAUUUUUGUUCCUAGUGGUGUGCCUCUGAAAUACGAGAAAGAUGAACCUCUUCGGGUCAAUAUCCUCUUCAAACACAUUCAAGAAAUGUUAAGUGGAGAAAACGCGGUAAUUGCGGAGACAGGUGAUUCAUGGUUCAAUUGUCAAAAGUUACGUCUCCCUGAGAAUUGCGGUUAUGAAUUUCAAAUGCAAUAUGGAUCGAUCGGAUGGUCUGUGGGUGCGACCCUCGGUUAUGCUCAAGCAGCUAAAGACAAACGUGUGAUCGCUUGUAUUGGUGAUGGUAGUUUCCAGGUAACAGCACAAGAUAUUUCAACUAUGAUUCGUUGUGCACAGAAUCCGAUCAUAUUCCUGAUCAACAACGGAGGUUAUACAAUCGAAGUAGAAAUCCAUGACGGUCCGUAUAAUGUCAUCAAGAACUGGGACUACACCGGUCUUGUCAAUGCUAUCCACAACGGUGAAGGCAAAUGUUGGACUUGCAAGGUUCGAACCGAAGAAGAGCUAGUGGAAGCCAUUGCAACAGCAACAGGAGCACAAAAGGAGUCGCUAUGUUUUAUCGAAGUAUUUGCGCACAAAGAUGACACAAGCAAAGAGCUACUGGAAUGGGGCUCGCGAGUCUCUGCUGCUAAUAGCCGUCCUCCAAAUCCACAGUAGUCACUCAAAUUAUCGCGCAAAAAUGACCAUUGCAGUUGUUCCUUCAAUGGCAUAAUAAUAAUAAUAAAAUAAUCUGAGUCUUGAUUGUAAAUAAUCGCGUUAUGCCAUCGGUUUAAUGUUGUUAACCAAGAGGUUUGUAAUAAGGAGCAGUUUCAAUGUUUGUGUUGGUUUGUCUCAUGUUUUUAUCUAAAGUUAUGGUCCUAUGGCUGAUUAUUUCAA